AUGCCCUUGAAGACGACAAUGUCUCAGAACGAUCGUGCGCUCUUCCUUCGCAGUCUUCAUAAGAAAGGCGAUCCUUUAGUCCUUUGCAAUGUCUAUGAUGGUCGGACCGCAGACAUCGUCCUUAGCCACAAGGGAAGCAAGGGUGAACAUUCAGCAAAGGCUUUGGCAACCAGCAGUUUUGCCGUGGCGGCCGUACACGGGAAACCCGACGAAGAACUCGAGCCAGAAAUGCUCGCGAUGGCAGCCAAGGAUAUCGUUGGUGUAAUUAACCGCCACAUAUCCACCAGAGAAAGCAAAGAUCCUAUCCCACUCUCAAUCGACAUGAGAGACGGAUGGGGAGACAGGCUUGAAGAAACCAUCACAUCACUCAUCGACGCUGGCGUGGUAGGAUGCAACCUUGAGGAUGAAGACAAUGAAACAGGAAAGUGCAUGCCUUUACCUCAAGCAGUGGAUCGCAUUAAAAGGGUCAUGGCCAAGGCAACUGAGCUGGGUGUUCCCGACUUCGUCAUCAAUGCGCGAACGGAUGUUUUGGGGCACGGUGGGACAAUAGAAGAAGCCAUUGCAAGGGGGAAAGCGUUUAUGGAAGCUGGUGCCUUUUGUGUUUUUGUCUGGGGUGGCAACCACGGGCGUGGGGUAACGAGGGAGGAAGGGAAGAUGUGUGUUGAUGCAUUUGAUGGAUUGUGGAAUGCGAGACUGAAAACAGGGCCUGGUUUCCUGACCGUCAAGGAAUUGACAGACAUGGGAGUGAGGAGGAUCAGUUUGGGAAAGGAGCUGGGUGAUAUUGCAAUGGAUGCAUACCGUGUUGCUGUGGAGAAGGUUUUGGCCUGA